AUGCGCCGUUCGAGCCGAUGGGAGAAGGCAGACGAAGCGAGCGAUCCGGACGUUAGCGACGCGGAAGGAAGCGGCGAAGGCGGCGCAGCGGAGAGACGGCGGUGGCGGAAAAGCGACGAGGGGAAGCAGCAGCAUGAGGAGGGGAAGCAGCCGCACGGCCGUAGCAGGCAAGGCCACACCGAAUCGCAUCAUACAUCCCGCCACCGUCAUCACCACCACCACCACCGGCAUAAGGACCGAUCCAGGCACACGCGCCGCCGGCACAACGAAUCGGACGACUACGAAUCACCGGGAUCCGCGUCAGAUUACGAGGCGUCUCGCGACAAUGACGUGGCGGAAGCGGCUACAACCGUCCCUGCUACAGCCGCUACAGCCGCUACAGCCGCUACAGCUGCUACAGCUACUUUCGCGACGCCAAUAGGCGGCAGCGGGGCUGCCGCCUUCCCUUACCGAAAGGACCGACAUUCCGCAAAUAGGUCUUCCGGAUCCGCGAAACGCGCGCAGAGCAGGGAGGAGGAGGAGAAUGGCGAGGGGUUGGAUCGUCAGCGGCAGAUCGAAGGAGAGAGGAGCCGGGACCGGGACGACGAUAGGGAUUCUAAACGCCGGAGAAGGCACCGAUUGGAGAAGGGGGAUAGGGGAACCGGUAGUCCGGAUAGGAGCCAUGAUGUCGGUGAUAGAAAUGAUUUUCCGGAUCGCAGUCGGCGAAAGAGUCCGGAGAGAGGUUUUGCGCGGUUGAAAGGGAAGGGAGGCGGUGACGGUCGGCGUGAGCUGUCGUUUCAGGCGGAUCCCGCAGCAAAGGCGUCGCAGAAGGCGUCGCAGAAGACGUCGCAGGCGGCGGCUGUCGCACGGCCUGUCGCAGGGCAGGUUGGCGACGCGGGCGACGAUGGCGACGACGACGCGCACUGGAACGCGCGGUUCGUGGACAUUGAUGCGAUCGAGGUCGCGUUCGAGGCGCCACGGAGCCCGCUGUUUGAGGAUCUCGAGGGGCCUGAAGACCUAGAGCGGUUCGGGGAAGGUGGGGUAUUAACUACGGAGGCUCUUAUAGGGACGUAUGAAGACAAGCAGGAGAAACUGGGGGUUUCGCGGCGGGAGGAGCGGAGGGAGAAGGGUAGCAGCAGGAAGGUGACGGAAGCGAGUAGUGAGGACGAGAAAAGAGAAGGGAGGGAGAGAAAGGGUGAUCAGGAGGAAGAGGGACAGAGGGGAGUGGAAAGGAGUGGCCGAGCCGGAAGAGCAAGGCAGGGAGGCAAGGUAGGGGAUGAGGCCGGUGAUGAGGAGUUGAAUCCGGUGAGGAGAAGGGAGGAAGUGGUGGAGGAGAGGGAAGAAAAGGGAGGAGAUGAGGAGGAGGGGGAUGAGGAGGAGGAAGAUGAGGAGGAAAUUGAGGGUGGGUCAGCAUUGCAUGGUAACCGGGAGAAGGGGAGGAACAGGGAGAGGGAGAGAAGGGGACGAGAGCGAGAGAGGGAGAGAGGAAGGGACAGGGAGCGUGACAGAGACGGGGAGAGGGACAGGGGGAAAGCACGGGAUGAAGGGGUAAGAGGGAAAGAGAGGAGGAGGAGGGAUGUGGAAGAGGAAUGGCAGGGUGACUAUAGGCGUGGUGAUUAUGGCGGGGAAGGGGAGCGUAGGGAGUGGAGGCAUGGGAAGCGAGGAGGCAGGCGGGCAGAUUCGCCGGGGCUGUCGUCUUCGUCAGAGCACGAGCAGCGGGACAUGGGAAAAGAGAGAGGCAAGGGGCAGAAAGGCCGAAUGCAGCAGCACAAGGAGGAAGACGAGGGAGGGCGAUUCUCUAGACGUCUCAAAAACCCUAAUAUCGUUUUUCCCUUCUUCCUCCCUUCAGAGCACGAGCAGCGGGACGUGGGGAAGGAGAGAGGCAAGGGGCAGAAAGGGCGUCAGCAGCGGCACAAGGAGGACGACGAGGGCAGCCCAGUGACAGUGGCCAGGGGCAGCGGAAAGGGUGCCAAGGCGGGCAGUAGAGACGGCAGGACUUUUGAGACGUCUCAAAAGGAAGACGAGGGCAGUCCAGUGGCAGGUCUCAGGGGCAGCGGAAAGGGUGCCAAGGCGGGCGGACGGGAAGGUAGGGCUUCGUUUAUUAAGGACGGAGAGAAGUAUGAAGGAGAGGAGAAGGGGAGAGGAGAAGGGAGGAGGUGGGGCAGGGAUCGGAAGAGGGAGGAGGAGGAAGAGGAGGGUGAAGAAGAGGGGAGGAGAGGCAAGGAGAGGGUUGGGAGGGGGAGGGAGAGGGGGAGAGAGAAGGGUGGGGAUGGGAGGAAGGAGCGGAGGGAUAGGGAGCAUGGGGGAAAGAAGGGAGGUGUGGAGAAUGAAAUUGAGCUGGAAGCAGAAACGGAGAGGCUUAAAGAGAGUACAAAUGCUCCUAUCGACUAUGAGGGUACCGACAGGGUGGCGAGGGAGGUGGAAGCAGGGGGGGGAAGGGUGGUGAAGGUAUCAAUUGAGAGAGUUAAGCUUGGGAAGGUAUUAUCUGGGGAAGCAGCUGCUGCUGCCGGCGUUACUGCCAACGCCGCCGCUGCUGCUGCUGAUGGCGGUGUUGCUGCUGUGACCGGUGCUGCUGCUGCUGCAGACUCUACUGUGCUGGGGAGACGGGGUCUGAAGCUAGAGGGACCAGGCAGCAAGCGGGGGCCGGGUGGUGGUGAGGACAAGGGGAAGGUUGAGGCUCCCGUUGCUCGCGAGGCAAGGCAGGGACGCACGUUUGAGGCGCCUGGAAGAGAGAGCGAGGGGCGGGAACAGGCAGAGGCAGCGGGGAGGGAGGGAGCGGCGGGAGGUGAAGGGGAUGAAGCGAAUGAGGGGCUGAAACUAGUGGGGACAGGGAAGGGUGGCGGUGGUGCUGCUGCUGCUGGUGCUGCUGGUGACGCAGGUUUUGUGGGUUCACAGCCGCUUAUGAAGGCAAGGGAAAGGGCAGAGGCGGGUGAUGGAAGCGGAAAGAGGGGGGCAGGGAGUGCGAAGGGAGGAAAGGGAGAAGAGGGCGAGAAGGGGGAGAAGGGUGAGAAGGGGGAAAGGGAGGGGUCGAUUGGAGAAGGGGGGCUUUGGCAGCAGCAGUUGAACAAUGAGAAAGGAGGGGAGAGAGGGGCAAAAGGUCGUAGGAGAGAGAGGGAGGAGAGAGGGAGAAGAGAGGGUGGUGAAGGGCUGGAAGGGGAAGAGGGUGAGGAGGAGUGGGGAGCGGAUGGGCGGGAGGGCGGGGGGAAAUGGGGCAAGGAGGCUGGGGAGGAUGAGGAGCAAUGGAAGAGGAAGCGGAGGAGGAGGAGGAGAGAGGGAUUUGGGGAGGAUGAGGGGGAGAGGAGAACGAGGAGAGGGGUAGGUGUUGGGGAGGAGGAGGAGGACGAGGAGAGGGGUGAAGAGGGGAGAGAAACGGAUGAAGAGGGGGGGGAAAGGGAGGGAGAAGGGGAGGAGGAAGGGUAUGGGCGUGGGGGGAGGGGGCAUGGGGGGAGGGGCGGAAGGAGGGUUGAAAGGCAGGAGAGCGGUCGGACUUUUGGUGCUGGAAGGAAGGCGGAGAGAGGGGAAAGAGGGGAGAGGGGGGAGAGGGUGGAGAGAGGAGAGAGAGGGGAGAGGGCCGAAGGAGUGGAGAGAGGAGGGAGAGGGGAGAGGAUGGAAAGGGGGGGAAGAGGCGAGAGGGGCGAGAGGGGUGAGAGGGGGGAGAGGGGGGAAAGGGAGGCCAGAUGGUGGUCUGGUCGGGAGGGACGAUUUCGAAGGGAUGGGGAGAGGGAUAAGGAGAGAGAGAGAGAUUGGGAGAGGGAGCGUGACUGGGACCGGGAGCGAGAGUGGGAGAGGGAGAGGGAGGGCGAGUGGGGAAGGAGGGAGUGGGAGAGGAGGGAGAGGGAGAGAGGGGAGAGGGACAGAGAUAGGGAGAGGGAGAGGGAGUGGGAAGGAGGGAGGGAGAGAGAGAGAGGGGGGAUGUAUCAGGAUGAAUAUGGAGGGGAGAGAGUGGGGAGGGCGAAGCGAGAGGGAUCAGUCAUGGGAUCUAGUGUGGCAGGGGAGGGAGCAGUGGUAGACGAGGCAAGGAGGGGGAAGGAGCGAGAGCGGGAGAGGGAGAGGGGGCGAGAUCGGGACAGGGAGAGCCAGAUGGAGGGGGAGAAAGGAGGCUUUGAUGGGGACAGGGGGAUGGGUGAGGGGCGGAGAGGAGUGGGAGCGGGAGGAGGGGGAGGAGCAGGGGGAGCAGGGGUGGCAGGGGGAGGGGAAGGAGGAGGAGGAGGGGGAGGAGGGGGAGGGGAGUGGCAAGGGCGGUCUGAUAUGGCCCCUGGGCUAAAGAGAGGACGGGAAGGGGGAGGAGGAGGACGAGAAGGGGGAGGAGGAGGAGGGGGACGAGAAGGGGGAGGAGGAGGAGGAGGAGGGGGAGGUGGGGCGGAUGCGUCCAACGACCCUUCUCUCCCCCCUCCCCCGCCCCUUCGCCCUGGUAUAGACGCACCCUCUGUUCUCCCUGCUCCACCGAACCUACCCGCAGGCCCAGGAAUGCCUUUUCCUGGGGGACUGGGUUCAGGGGCGGGGGUUCCGCCCUUCCCUGGGGGCGGGGGGAUGAUGGGCGCGCCCUUCCCCCCGCACCUGGGGGCUGGGGGACCCAGGGGCGCGGGCGGAGGGGGGUCCCCAGGGGCAGGCGCGCACAUGCGCGAAUUAGGGUUUGGGCGAGGGGGGCCUGGGCCGGGGUUCAAACCAGGGGCGGGGGGAGGAGCGGGGGGAGGCGUGGGGGGAGGGGCGGGGGGAGGCAUGGGGAAGGGGCCGGGGGAUGGAGCAGCAGCAGGUGGGGGGAAGGGGAGGGGAAGGGGAGGCGGAAGAUGGGGGGAUAUGGAGGGAGCGGGAGGGGAGGGGAUUAUCAGUUGGGAUGCAGGCUUGGGGGGGCAGGGGAGAGGGGGAGGGGGCAUGGGAGGCGCAGGGGGCGGGGGCCCUGGGGGAGGGGGGACUGGGGAGAGUGGCAGUGCCGGGGGGGGAGGAGCAGAGUCAGGAGGAGCAGGGGGCGGGGCUGGAGGCGGGGGAAGGAAAGAGGGAGAAGCAGGGAAGGGGGAAAGUGGGGCAGGAGGAGCAGGAGGAGCAGGGGGAGCAGGGGGGGCAGGGGGAGGAGAUGGGGGUAGUGCUGGGGGAAGUGGGGGGCCUGGGCCAGCUGGGGCAGGGCAAGGCGUGGCAGGGAGGGGAGGAGGGGGCAUUUCAGGGGGUCUUUCAGGGGGUAUUUCCCCUGGUGGAGGCAUGGGGGUUGGUGGGGGCCCGGGCAUUGGGGCAAUGGGAGGAAUGGGGGGGAAUAUGACCCCUCACCAGCACCACCAGCAGCAGCAGAACCAGCAACAGCAGCAGAAGAGGCAAGAAAAGGAUUUGGAUGGGAAGGGGAAGGAGGGGGAAGAUGGGAAAGAGGAUGCGAAGCAGGAGGGGGAGGAUGGGGGCAAGGGGGAAGCGAAGCGGGGAGUGGGUAAGGGUGAUGAAGGGGUGAAAGGGGCAGUGGUUGAUAAAGCAGUGAAAGAGGAGGGUGCGGAGGAGAGGGAGGGGCAGGAGGUGAAGGAAGAGGGGGAGGAGGAGAGACAGAGCGUUGACUCUGAGCAACGACAGAAAGAGCAAAAGCAGCAGCAACAGCAGCCGGAACAGCCGUCUCACUCCCCCGCUUCUCUUCCACCUUCUGCCAUCUCUCACAAGCAACCGCCACAUCAGCAGGUGCCACAUCAGCCACCGCAGACGCCACAUCAGCAGCAGCCGCCUGCGAACCAGGGCAGAAACCGUUGGUCACACCCUGGAAACUCACCUGGAGGGCCUGGGGGGCACCUGAACACGCCCCCCCUGGGUCCCCUCUCUCCUGGCCUCUUCCCAGGUGUGCUGCCACACCACCACCCCAUGCCUGGGCCAGGCAUGGGCGGUAGGUUCGGCGCCCACCCGGGCAUGCCCGGACCUGGUGGUAGAGGUCCGGGAGGUGGCAUGGGAGGGCGGGGACCGAUCUUUCCACCUGGGGGCAUGUGGGAUGGUAUGCCUGGUUCGGGAUCCCCGUUCCUGGGAGGUCCGGGAGGCUGGAUGGGAGGUCCGGGAGUAAGAGGCCCGGGCGGCCCUGGGUUUGGGCCGAACCUGAUGGGUCCGGGAGGAGGGGGAGGCAUGCCUGGGGGAGGAAGGGGCCUCAGAGAUAUGGGAGGGGUGGGGCAAUUUGGAGGGCCUAGGGAUAUCCAUAGAGUAGGUUCGGGAGAGAGGCACGGGGAGGGGAGGGGCAGAGGGGAGUUUUUGCGGGAUGGGGAGGGUCGGAGAGGGGGUGUUGGCGGUGGUGGGAGGGGGAUUUUAGGGGGGAUGGGUGUGGGUGGAAGGCGGGAGGGUGAGAGGGAGGAGAGAGAGAGGAUGGCUGGGGGGGUUGGGGCUGGGAGAAUGGGAGAGGAUGGUGGGUUGGGAAGGGGAGGUGGAGGGAAGGAGGAGGGAGGGGCAGGAGGGAAGGAGGGAGAGAUUCAGGAGGAGAAAGAGAUAGUGACAGGGAGGAAGGUGGAGGUGAGAGCAGUGGCGAGGCUGCUGGGUUCUCUACCUCUUGCUGCUGGUCUGGUGCAUGGGGAACUUUUAGCUAAGUGUUUGCAUGCAGCGGCAGCUGGGAAGGGAGAAGAGGGGGCGGCGGUAACAGGUGCUGGAGGAGGGGCGGGAGCAGGAGGGGCAGGGGUAGCAGGGGGAGCAGGGGCAGCGAGGGGAGCAGGUGCAGCAGGGGCAGCAGGGGCAGGGGCAACGGGGGGCCCUGCAGGAGGUUCACCUUUGCCCAUUCCUUCUGCUGCUACUGGUGCUGCUGCUACGGCUGGUGGUAUGGGUGCUGCUGGUGCUCUGGCAGCUGGUGCUGGUGCAGUGGCGCGUUUGCUGCCCUCUGCUGCUGCCGUACCAUCCUCUGCCGCAGCAGCCACUGCUGGGAUGUCUGGGCGUGCAACGGGGGGCGCUGCAACAGCAGAAGCGGGGGGAACGGCAGCAGGGGCAGGGGCAGAGGCGGCAUUGUCCCAUCUGCCUGCUGUUGAUUCAAACGCUGCCAAGGCGGUUCAGGGCGGUUCAGAUAUUUUUCCGUUUCUUCCCUCCAUUGCUCCUCGUCACCCUUGCCUGACGCUUCUCCCUUAUUGCCUCCCUCCCCACUCUCCACCCCACCACCACAACCCCCCUCUCUCCCCCUCUUCCCUAUCCUCCAUCUGCCCCCUUCCGUCCCUUCCAUCCCCUUCUCAACGCUUGCAGGCAUGUCUGUCUCGUAUUGUGCUCGCACCAGCCACUCACCCAUCGCCACCACAUCUAUCCACCAAUGCUGCUUCCUCCUCCUCACUCUUUUUCUCCCUACCUCCUGCCCUCCUCUUCUCAUCGCUGCCCCCUUCCAAUAAGCCACCAUCCAUCUCCCAUACAAGCUACUCCAUUACUGCCAAAUUCCUUCACUCUAGUGAAGUUCCGCCAGCAAGCAUGUCACUUCCUGCUUAUCUCGCUUCUCCACCGGUUGUGGAGUUUAACAAAGCGUCUGCCAGUGCACUUAGCAAAGUGCCAGCCUGGCAGCCACACACCGUACCACCGCCGCAGCAGGUUCGGAAGGCGUCCAAGCCUAAGCAGCAGGCUCAAGGCCGCCGUGCAAAGCCGAGGAAAGGGAAGAGAGGAGGGGGGGAAGGAGGAGCGGAGGAAGGAGGAGCGGAAGGGGGAGGGGGGGUUGGGAAUGUUCUCAAGUCGACUCAAAAAGAGGUGGGAAAGGUGAAGCGACAUAGGGUGGGGUCUGAAGGGGAGAAGUUGGAAGAGGAGGGCACAAGUAUGCUGCUAGAUAGGAUGGUGAAGCAAGGGGAGGAAGGAGAUUUGAAUGCUCUGCAGAAAGGCGGUAGUGGUAUUGGUGGGGGUGGGGAGGGAGUUGCUGUUGUUGGUGCUGGUGGGGGUCGGGGUGGGGGUGUCAGGAGCAGGGAGGAGGGAGAGGAGGGAGCAGGAGGUAGAGGAGGGAAGGGAUCAGGGAGUGUGGGCGGAAAUGCUGUGGGAAGGACAGGAGUAGUGCUGCGGAGAAGGUUGGUGAUUCGGCUCCCGAGAAUGACACUCUCUGCUCUUUCUUCCACUCACAGGGUUGCUGUUUCUGCUUCUCCUGCCGCUGCUGCUCCUGUUUCUGCUGUUCCUGCUCCUGCUUCUGUUUCUGGUGCCCCUGCUCGUGUGGCUGCUACCGCUACUGCUGGUGGUAAGUCUGGUGACAAUGCUGCUGCUGGUGGUAGUGAUGGUGCUGGUGGUGGUGGUACUGUUGCUGCUGGUAUUGCUCCUGCUGCUGGUGCUAGAACUAGGACCAGAGGCAGAAAGCAGCAGCAGCAGCAGCAGCAGCGGAGUGUUGAGGCUCCUAAGCAGGCACGAGGCAGGUGUGCUGCUAGCACAAAGCAGCAGCAGCGGGGUCGACAGCAGCAGCAUAAGGAAGAACGAGCAGAGGAAGAGCAGGCGCAGCAGCAAGGGAAACAGGAGCAGGAGGCGAAUGCGGAGGAACAGGAGCAGCAGGAGCAAGAGCAGCAGAAAGAGGACGAGGGGGUGGAGGAGCCUACCAGCUUGCCGGUUGCAGCCACAGACGAUGGUAAGGAGACAGGAGGUGAUUUUAAGACGACUGGUGGAGAUUGUACUGUGACAGAUGGCGAUGGUAGAGAGGAUGUGAGGCAGGCAGGUGAGAGGGACGAGGAGGAGGUUGGGAAGGGGGCUGACCAAGCUGUGGUGGAGGGGGGUGGUAGUUUGGCUUCCAGGAAGCGCAAGGCAGGUGCUGGUGAUGGUGGUGAUGGUGGUGGUGCUGGUGGUGCUGCUGCUGCUUCUGUUGCUGCUGGUGUUGCUGCUGGUAAGAAUGCUGGUGGUGGAGGGGGUGGAGGAGGAGCGAAGGUGGAGGGGGGGAAGAGUGGAGAGACGGGAGAACCAGGAGCAAAGCGGGAUGGUGGGGAGGAGGGAGACAAAGGAAAGGCUGAGAGGGGGGAUGAUGAGACAACCGAGAAGGGCAUUGGAGGGGAGGAGAAGGAGGAGAAGAGAGAAGAGAGGCAGGACGAGGGGGAAGGGCGUGAGGGAAAAUGCAGCAGGGAUGCAAUGGAGGUGGAGGGUAUGACAGGAGGGGGAAGUGGAGAACAAGGGGGGGAGCAAGGGGAAGAGAAAAGGGGAGAGAAUGGAGAAGAGAAAGUGGGAAAGAAAGAGGUGGAGAAAGGGGGAGAGGAGAUUCAAAUGGAAGGGGUAGGAGAUGAUGUGGUGGAGGUGGGAGUUGUGAGAACAUUAGGUGCGGGAACAAUGGGUGAUACAGCAGGAGGCAAGGGAGAGGAGAUGGAUGCGGUUGUUGAAGUGACUGAAAGGGGUGAAGAGGUGGGGAGAGAGGGAGGUGGCGAGAGAGGGAGAGGUGAGGAGCAGAUGGGUGCAGCUGAAGUGGCUGUUUCUGAAAUGGAUGUGACUGAGAGAGGUGUGAUUGAAGUGAGUGCAACUCAGGGCAAUGGGAUGUCGCAGGAAGUUUCCCAGGAACCUGCAGAAGGGCCCUCACAGGAGGUUUCAGAGGCAGGCGAAGGGGCAGAAGCACGGGCAGGCGAAGGGGCAGGUGAAGGAACAGCGGACGAAUCAGAAUUGUCGCAGGCGUCAGCAGGAGCAAGGGGGGCAGGGAAAGCGCGCAGCAGGGCAAGAGCACCCAGGGGCAAAGGCACGGGUGGGAAGAAAGGGAGGAAAGGUGCAUCUGGGGGAGGUAGAACUGCCCGGACAAGUGGGGGGGCUGCUGCUGUUACCUCAGCCGCACCUGAGGGGAUGUUGGGGGAAGGAGGAGAAGGAGACGGGGUAGGGGGAGGAGGAGGAGUGGCAGAGAAUGGGAGUGUGGAAGGUGACGAGGGGAAGGAGGAUGAGGAAGUGAGGAGGGAGAGGGAGGAGAGGGAGAGGAGGGAGAAGGAGGCGGAGAGGGAGAGGAUGAAAGCAAUGAAAGAGCAAGAGGCGAGGGACAGGGAGGAGGCGAUUAGGCUGGCGACGGUGCGGCAGAGCAGCAGAAUCAGGUCGAGGCAGACGGGGGGGAGCAAGUAG